GUAAACCGCUGGCCAUCCUCGGCCAGCCUCUGCCAGCCUCGCUGUGGUCCGAGUGGGUGGCAGAACCCCCUCCCCUUUCAACGCCUUAAACAAAGCAGGGUCUCCUUCCGCCUCUGCUUGGUUUCUAGGGCGCAGGGAGGCUGGUCCAGAGAAGCUAGGGCGCAGGGGUGGGGAGGGACCUGCAGAGUCCUGGGCGUGAACGGCCUGGAGACAAAGGGCGGGGUCCUAUAAAGGCUCAACAGAGGCGAGGCGCCCAGACGAGGGCUUACCCGGCCAGCAACGGUGACGGUGACAAAUACUGCACGGGCUCCCGGCUCCGACGGAGGUGCGUGGACUCCGAGAGGGACGUGGGCGCCACCGGGGUUUAUGCGCCAACGAGUCUCCGGCACAGGUCCCAGCCGCACUCGCCCCAGAGGGCAGGGGUGUGGAGGUGACUUGGUGGCAGCCACCAAAGAGACUCGGAACUCCAACAUGACCGGGAAGAUCUUCACAAAUACCCGAGAGCGAUGGAGGCAGCAGAACGUCAACAGUGCCUUCGCCAGGCUGAGGAAGCUCAUCCCCACUCACCCUCCCGACAAGAAGCUGAGCAAAAACGAAACGCUUCGCCUGGCAAUGAGGUACAUCAACUUCCUGGUGAAGGUCUUGGGGGAGCAAAGCCUACAGCAAACUGGAGUGGCUGCCCCCGGAAACAUUCUGGGCCUCUUCCCUCAAGGACCCCACCUGCCAGACAGGACUCUCCUUGGUGACUAACAGGUUCCAUCGCCUGGCCCAAGCCACCACCUUCCAUAGUGGGACUCUGGCUGUCAUUACCCUGGGCACUGGUUCAGAAGUCACUAGCUGUCAACAGCGAUUUGCAUAUUCCCCAGUUAACUUGAUGAAUAAUGUGUGAGGCACGAAUUUAUGUUUCAUAGGAGGUGGCUUAGGGUCAGCUGCAGGAUGCUGAAAGGGGGCCACGAGGGCUUGGGAGUCCACCAUCUCCUGGCGGUUCAGGCAGAGCAGCCUGUCUUUGUCUAUUUUAUAAUUCCAAGUUCUGUAUAAGAUGUUGUUUGAAAAAAAAAAAAACAACAACUAUAGGUUAAAAACUUGUUUGAAAAAUCACUGUUUCACUCAAUAUGUUUUCAUUUAUAAGAAAGGACUUAUAUCAUAAUGGAUCUUGGAUGAAUUGAAAAUGCUUCCCUCCAAACAUAUUUUAAAGUUUAUUUUGAAAAAUGGGGGUAUUUGAUCAAGGGUGAACAACACAGGCAAACAAAAAGAUAACCCCUGCAGAUACCAACCUGGAGACUUGUGGGAAAAUCUGUGGAGGAAAAACCCUUCUGACACAUGAGGAUCACAGGAAGGCAGCAGAUACAUGCAGAAGUGCCCUGCAUCCUUAUCUCUGUGGAAAUGUGAGGCCUCACUUGCAUCAGGCUGUUAUAUAUAUGUUAUAUCGAAAGCAAAUGUUGGAUUAUAUUUGUGAUAGGCAAAGACGUGAUAAUUUAUGACUGUUUACAGUUUUCUUAUGAAAACAGCUAAAAUAGGUUUUCUAACACCUUAGUUUCACAUGUUAGAUAUUAGAUACUAAAGUUUUUAAUUCAGCCUGAGUUUGUGCUGAUUUAAGACCUGUAACAGUCAAAUAUAAUUAUGAAGACCUAAAUAUUACCUCUUAACAACUCAUUUAACAGAGAGUGUAGCAAAAGAUUUAGAGUAUGUAGAGAAUGUAAUACCAGACUCUAAUGAAUUAAUGAACAUGUAAUUUGUCUUCUCUGCUAUGGAGCAUUAUGCUGGGAGGGGCAGUACCCAUAAAUGAAUGAAAUAGCAUGGAUCUGACAGAACUUACCAUCACAUGGCUACCCUGAUGAUGCUUGGAUUCAAAGGUGAAUCCCAUUGUUGAGCCCAGAAUACAAAAAAAUGUCAUUUGAUUGUCUCUGGGACAUUUUAUUUCCUCAAAGUUCUUGAUGGUACAUCAAUUUUAAAACCUUCUGAACUACAGAUAGGAAAUUGAUGGAUUUGAGAUUAUGAGUUUCCAUUGUAUACACUAUGGAGGAAUUUAAAUUUUAUGCCACUCUAGAAAGAAGAUAUUUGAUUUAUGAAAGGCUGAAAUGACCUCUUUGGUUUGGUGGUAAGAAGAAAUCUGGAUGAGGCUCUGUCAAAAUCUCAUUCCCCCAAAAUAGCAAGGUCAUAAUGUCAUUAAAUUCUACUCAGCAUUCAUACUUGUAACACAAUGCGUUUAUCAGAACAGUACAUUUUCCAACUAAGUCCUUCUUUUCACCUGCAUUCAGUGGAUGUCCCCACAGACUCAGAAUGGUCCAAGGAAACACAUAAGUACAGAGACCAGGGGAUUUCCCUUGAACUUGCAUUUCUUUCUCAUGAGCUUAUGUGAACUUAAAUUUGCCCCAAACUAUCAGUAAGAAUACAUCUCAAAGCUUUGAUAACAGUUGUCAAUUGAGUAAUAUUGCUUACUCUCUCACCUGGCAUUAAAUCAAAGUACUUUUGACAGUUUUUUUUAUAUUAGCCUCAUUUUAGCAUCUUGCUGAGGAAGGCACAGACCUCUUUGCCUGAACACAGGAUUUUAUUGCUCUUCUCAGAGUGAGUGCACUUCUGUGCUGUCAGGGCCAUGUCUGUUGUGCACUUAGGGCCUUUACACUGAAAUGUCUAACCAAGCACUCCGGAAAGUUGUAAGGCGAUUUGGUAUCCUUAAAUGGGGAGAAACCCUAUAGGAAAUCCUUAUGAUAAAUGAAUAGUCAUUUAAAAUAUUACUUAAUGUAAUUCAUCUCUUAAAUUAUUUCUUUUGCAAGUUGGAUUUUGGUCUAUCAAGUUGUGUUAGGUUAAAGUGACUGUCAAAAGGAAUUGUAGGUACACGUAGACCAAAACCUUGGCAAGUUAUCUGUGAGACUGGAAGCUAGUUCUUAAAUCAUUCCACAGCUUUCCAUGGUGUCCUGUACUUAUGGCUUGGUGAUUUCAGUAAUAAGAAUUUAUGGUUCAAAUGAAUUAUAGUUCACUGAUCUCUUUAUGGAUCAUUUCAGCCCAACAGAAAAGUUUAGACAGACUUUAAAACUCAUCUGUGCUACUCUGUUACUUGAAAACAAGUGUUUGUUCUAUUAUGGGCACCACUGAAAACUUCCAGAAACGAGGUAUAAACAAGUCCAUUUACUUAUGUAGAUCAUUAGAUUGGCUAAUUCUACUCUUCAUUUUAUAGAGGAGAAAACAGUCCAGAUGGUUUUGAAGUAACUUUCCAGCAGUCACAUGAAUGGGUAGUGGAAACCCAGGACACUGUGGCACAUCUCAGUCUUUCUAAGCUCUGUUUAGUCCCUAAGAAUUUUAGGAUUGAAAACAGACAAGCACAGAAUUAGACUCAUCUCUUUUCGAUGUUGUUCAGUAAUCUUCUUUAUAUGUCUUUUAAUUGAAAUUGAAUUAUUGUACUUUGUAGAAUAUGAUUAGAGGUACCAACCAAAGGUUUUAUUUGUUGAUGUGUUUUGUGAGUUUUUAAUCAUUGAUCCUUAUGUGCUAUUUAACUAUUUAUUGAAAAUAAG